GCACUGGCCCAACAUCCUUGCCCUCGCCUCAAGCAGCUGGCAUCGAGUCAAAACUCAUUUUGCUUGGAACUUGAAAUUGACUCACUCCAAAAUGAGCAUCAAACUGAACGCUGAGACGUUGCGAGAGUUUCGCGUGGCCAAGAUCUUCGAGGAGUCGUGUGAGCUGAAGCAUUCCAUGUGCUUCUCGCAGGACGGACGCCAUCUGCUAGUAUGCGAUCAUCACUAUUUGCUGGUCAUCGACUGCAGCAGCCUGCGGCAGCUGUCCUUGGUCAACUUGCAGCAUUAUCGACCCAAACUGGCUUGCUUUACCCAGCGAAAUGAUCGACUACUGCAUAGCUCAUCGAAGGAGGACUAUCUCAUACGAUACUUGGACUUGAUCAGUCAUCAGUACCUGAGGUACUUCAAGGGCCACAAGAGGGCGCUGCGUGGCCUAUGCUUUCAGCCAGGUAGUGCACAUCACUUCUUGAGCGCUGGCUGGGAUGAUCGCGUGCUGAUGUGGGAUCUGCGCUGUGAGCGCUACACAGAGAAGUUGAAGCACUUGCAGCGCCCGCUGGUUGCCUUCGAUCCGUCCGGCUUGGUCUGCGCCACGAGCCACAAUGCGCAGCGCAUUGAGAUUUACGACGUGCGCAAGAUGGGCAGCAAGCCGUGCCAGAAAUUCGACUACCAGCCGACCGAGGGGGCCAAGUGGACGCAGCUGCAGUUCGCGCCCGACGGCCAGAGCCUGCUGGUCAGCACCGACUCCGGCUGCUGCUUCAGCGUGGAUGCGUUCAACGGGCGCCUCGGGCAGACGUAUGGAAGCUAUGCGAACCGGGAUCAGCUGCCGCUGCAGGCCUGCUACACCCCCGACUCGCAGCACGUGCUGGCCGGCGCGGAUCGGGGGCGCGUUCAUGUGUGGCACGCCGCCAGCGGGCAGCUGAUGGCCGUGCUGCACAGCAGGUGCAGGGAGGCGGUGUACUGCCUGCAGUUCCAUCCCCACUGCAGCAUGCUCGCCAGCAGCGAUGAGAGCACGCGCAUCUGGCUGCCGGACAAGCGUGAGGUGCAGCAAAUUGUUGUGGAGCAGGAGUCGGACGAGGACCAGGAGCUGCCCGUUAUUGAUUUGACUAGCGACGACUUUGAUUUCAAUAAAAUCAACAUAAAGUGGCCAAAGCCCAUACUGCUACCCCGCUCACCCUCGCCAGUCCCCGUGAGUCGCUGGCGCAGGAGGCGACUCCCACGGAUCCCAAUAGCCGACGUUCAGUAUGAGUCAGAGAGUCUGGAAGAGGGCGAAAUACCUUGAUCCACACACACACACGCGCACACACAUACAGUCCCCAUCCAUCACAGUCGGACAUUGAAAGUUCCAGUGGCAUUUCAAUUGCACUUGGCCAGAAGGACUUUGGCCAAAAGGACACCCACAGCUGGAGUCCAACAGAACUCGAGCAAAUUGCACAGCUGGCUGCAGCCGAGGCAAACUUUCCAUUUACUUGCCACGCCAAAAGAAGAAUAAAAACACAUUAUUUGUUGUCUUUUUAAUAUUAAUGAAA